AAGAUUCCAGAAUGAAGAGAAGCAAAACAGUUUCACAUAUUUACCAAAACCCCAGGAUUUUUCAGAAACCUCCCGAACUCUUUCUUUUUCUUUAUUUUUCCAAAUUUUCGUUCAUAAGAUGAUCAAGAAAGGAAACUCGGAGCAAUAAUGGCGACGGAUUGAUUCGAAUUCAGGAUGUUAAUCUCAGACUCAAUCAUCUUCUUCUUCUUCCAGACUACCGUUGCUCUUAUUCUCUUUGUCUUAUUAUUUCGUGUUGCCUUUGUUUUCUUCUUUCUCAUCCUCCUCCUCGCUCUCUGUUCUGAUCUUAUUUACCUUAUUCUCGAUUUCUUUUCUCCUCAAUGACUACUCUAUGUUUCUAUCUAUCCAUUACUUUACUCCCUGUUUUGUGUACUAUAUGUUAGCAAUCAACAACUAAAUUGAUAUGGUGUUAUGGAUUCACUGAUGUUUGUGUUUAAUCGAACUCAUUCUCUUAAUUAAUAUAUGGGGAUAAUUAAACAGAUAUUAUUUUUCUUUAUUUAUUUUUAAUAUAAUGAUUACCUUUUUCAAAAAUCAAUAGCAGUCCUCGUUUUGUAAGAAAAAUAAUAAUAAGUAGCGGAUGGGAUUUCUGUGGAUUCUCUGCUUAUCCAGAUAGAAUCUAAUUCCAUUUCUUCAUCUAUAACCUGUUUGAAUAUGGUAUCAUCACUCAUCAUCAUCCAACAAUCGCCUGCAACAACCAGAUUUCUCAAGUCUUUAGAGAGUAAGAUUCUGCGCCAAUCAUGGACCAAUAGAAGCUAUACUAUUUGUCCUUGUAGGCUCCCUAUUCUCCUUUACUACCACUCUACUUCUCUUCAUCAUCAUUUUCCGAUUGGAACUCCACUUCGUCAUCCUCAUCGUCCUUUUCCUUCUUUGUUCCGUCCUCCUCCAUAUUCUCUUUCUUCUCCUCCUGCCUCCAUGACUACUCCUCAACCUGCACCGGAUUCCCAUCACUCGUCUUCGGACAAAACGGUGAGGGUUGUGAUUAAAGGGUGGGUCCAGGGUGUAUUCUACAGAAACUGGACAAUUGAGAAUGCCUCCGAGUUGGGCCUCAAGGGUUGGGUAAGGAACAGGAGGGAUGGUUCUGUGGAAGCUCUCUUCUCCGGGAACCCUGAUGCUGUCCAGGAGAUGGAACAGAGAUGUCGUCGUGGUCCCCCUGAUGCUUUGGUUACUGGACUUCAGGUUUUCCCAUCCUCUGAAUUUCCUGGCACUGAGUUUGUGCGCAAACCUACAGUUUGAUCAGUCUAUGUAAACGCCCACUUACUCGUUUAGUAUGAAUGGCCCUUUUCGUUCCAAGUUAUCUUUCUGAAAUCUGAAUCCUCUUGAAUUGUUUGUCUGAUGCAUAUUGGAUAAAUGGAUAUGGGAUCAAUUCUUGAAUAUGUACUCGUUAGUUUUCUCCACUGUUCUCCGUAUAUUGGCUACUUUGUCUCGGGCAAUUUUAGAGGAAUAGACAUAAGUUUCAAGCAGAAAUGUAUUUGCUUGUAAAAAUAACUGUUUUCUGUCUGCACAGAGCAAAACCUACAUUAAUUUUUAAUUGUGCGGAUAGCGUUCUUUGCUU